AUGGCGCAGAGUUCAGUCCAGUCUGGCAGAACCCUAACAUCUGGCUCCGAUGCGGGGACCACGCCAGCUCUGGAUUCGGUCUUUGUCUGGGCCGAGGGCUCCUCACCCGGCUCCAGGGAUAUUCGUCCCGACCCUAACGCACUCGCGGAUGCCUUCCUGGGGGUCGUGGAGCACGCGAUCAAUGCUACAUCCCAGCCCGACCCAGACGAUUUCCUGGAGAAGGUAGCCAAGGCGGUAGCAGUGAAGCCGCUGCAGCAUUUAGGGGACGUCGCCAGCUUGGCCAACGACAUCUCUGACAUCGACGGCGUCGGGUUUGAGGCCUAUGUCGCCUUCUGGAUCGGGUCGUCGUGUAAUAUGCUAGGGGAGGCCGUUCUUGGUCCUGAGGCGUUAAGCCUCUGGAAGGAGCGACUUCCGCCGUUGGUCUGUCUUCGUAUAAUCCAGAAACCUUGGUGGCUCGACCUGCCAGCUGUUCCCAGGCUGAGUUUGCAAUAUCGCUUCAACGGUAUUGCUGCCAAGAAGGAGCUAUUUGCUAACCCCUCAAGCCCAUUCUCGGUUGGAUGGAAGACUCGGUUCUUUGCUGUCUCGAGCCCAUCACCACAAACCUUCUCCACAUCUGCG